AUGGGUUUGGGAGUCUUGAACGACCACAAGUUAUCGCACGUCCCUGGAACGGCGACACUUGAAGACCUCGAUCCUCUUGCGAGCGCAGCGCGAGGACACAACGUCAAGAAAGCCAAGGAUGGAACCAUCUUGGUGCCACAGCCCAGCGAUGAUCCAAAAGACCCCUUGAACUGGCCACUAUGGCGACGCGACUUGAUCUGCGGCAUCCUUUGCAUCCUGUCCCUUAUCGCAUCGACACUCUCGCCUCUUCUCGCUGCCAACACUCUGACAUUGACGCUCUACUUUCGUAAACCUUUCACCGAUAUCGCCUUACUGACAGGAUAUCAUCUCCUCGGCGUGGGCCUAGCAGGCUUUAUCUUCGUUGCAAGUGGACGAAUCUGGGGCAAGAGGCAUUUAUACAUCGGCGGAACGAUCCUGAUCGUGAUCAGCUCAGUAUGGGGUGGUGCCAGCGGCCACAACUACAACUCCCUCAUGGCAGCGCGCUUCUUCCAAGGUGUUGCUCUGGCGCCCUUCGAAGCGCUUGUCAACGCAAGUGUUGGAGAUCUAUACUUCGUCCAUGAGCGCGGUAAGAGAAUGGCAUUGAGCAACUUGAGCUUGUUCGGUGGAGCGUUCUUCACACCGGUCAUCGUGGGCAAGAUGACACACACCAUGGGCUGGCAAUGGACGUUCUAUUUCAUCGCCAUCUUCAGCGCAGCGCUCCUGCCUCUGGUUAUCUUCUUUUGCCCGGAAACAGCCUAUACUCGCGAUUCGUCGUACAACACCGAUACGUCCUGGGCCCGUAUGGGCGAGAAUUCCGACAGCCAGGAAUGGAAAGUGUCCCCAUCUCUCGAAGAGCAGAACCCGACCUCGUUCGACAAACCCAUGGACACGGACACGUACCAACACAACCACGAAGCCGGCUCUGCGCCCCACAACACCAUUCCCGCGUAUAGCUGGAGAAGCAGGGAGGCACUGAUGCCCUUCAACGGCCGCAAAACAGACGAAUCGUUCUUCAAACUCGUUCUCCGACCCUUCCCACUCUUCUUCCAUCCGGGAAUCCUCUGGGCCUGCCUCAUUCAAGGCGCCAUCAUUGGUUGGACAGUCCUAAUUGGAAUCGUCCUCGCCGCAAUCAUGCUUGGUCCCCCACUUUUCUUCAAUGAAGUCGAGACUGGGUACAUGUACACCGGCGCUUUCAUCGGGGCGGUAUUGGGCUUCGCUCUCGCCGGUUUAAUGUCCGACUGGUCCGCGAGGUGGCUGACGAGGAGGAAUGGGGGCAUCUACGAGCCAGAGUUCAGGAUGGUCAUCGUCAUACCCAUGCUCAUCAUUGGCUGUGCCGGGCUCUACGGAUUCGGAAUCACGGCAGACGACACUAGGAAGUUUGGAUGGUUCUGGCCGGACUUUUUCUUCGCUCUGGAAGUGAUGAGCAUGGUGCUGGGAGCUGUUGCAUCAGCUCUAUACAUCGUGGACGCGCAUCGGGAUCUUGCUGUGGAGGGCUUCACGUGUCUGCUGAUCUUCAAGAACAUCUUCUCGUUCGGCCUGACAUUCAGCGGGUUGGACUGGUUGGUGAAGGCCGGAAUCAAGCCGGUGUUCAUGUGGAUCAGUAGUGUGCAGGUCGUGAUUUGUUUGUUGACGAUUUUGAUGUAUAUAUUUGGGAAGAAGAAUCGAUCGUUCUUUGCGAGGCAUGACAUUCUGCAGAUUUGUCGAUUGAGAUAA